AUGGCCGUCCGUGGCGCCCGCUGUCUGGCCGACUUCCUCGCCUACGAGACCGCCAAGUCGGUGGUGGUGAAGAGCUGGGUGGUGGGCGCCGUCAACCGGGCUGUGCAGCUCCUCAUCCUCUGCUACUUCGUGGGGUGGGUGUUCCUGCACGAAAAGGCCUACCAGGUGCGCGACACCGCCAUCGAGUCCUCCGUGGUCACCAAGGUCAAGGGCGUCGGGAGAUAUGCCGACCGGGUGCUGGACACCGCCGACUACGUCACCCCCGAGCAGGGCACCGCGGUGUUCGUGGUCAUCACCAAGCGCAUCCUGACGGAGAACCAGGUGCAGGGGCUGUGCCCGGAGAGUGACACCAGGUACCGGUGCAUCGCCGACAGCGACUGCGAAAGCGACAGCCCCGCGGCAGGCGGGCUGCUGACGGGCCGCUGCGUGAGCUACAACAGGACGCUGCGCACCUGCGAGAUCCGCGGCUGGUGCCCGCCGGAGGUGGACGCCGUGGACGUGCCCGUCAUGCUGGAGGCCGAAAACUUCACCCUCUUCGUCAAGAACAGCAUCCGCUUCCCACUCUUCGGCUUCGAGAAGGCCAACAUGCCGCCGGGCGCCACGGCCACGGAGCUGAGCCGCUGCCGCUUCCACCCGGCGCGCCGGCCCCUCUGCCCCAUCCUGCGCCUGGGCGACGUGGCGCGUCUCGCCGGCCAGGACUUCGCCGCCCUGGCAGCCACGGGCGGCGUCGUCGGCAUCAAGAUCAGCUGGGUGUGCGACCUGGACCGGGCCUGGGAGCUGUGCCUGCCCCGCUACUCCUUCGCACGCCUCGACAGCAGCACCCAGCACAGCGCCAGCUCGCCCGGCUACAACUUCAGGACGGCCAAGUACUACCGCUGGCCCAACGGCACCGAGUACCGCACCCUCACGAAGGCUUUUGGCAUCCGCUUCGACAUCCUGGUGUACGGCAGCGCUGGGAAAUUCAGCAUUGUCCCGACCCUCAUCAACGUGGUGGCAGCCUUCACCUCCAUCGGCGUGGGCUCGGUGCUGUGCGACCUCAUCCUGCUGCACUUCCUCAAGGGUGCUGAGCACUACAAGGCCCACAAGUUUGAGGAGGUGCCAGAAGCCAGCCUGCCCAGGCCCUCAGCUGGCCCCACGGUGCUGGGGGGCAGCGAGAUGCAGUCCACGGACUCGGGCACCGGCUCCCUCGGCCUCUAGUGCCCCACACCGUGGGGCGCAUCCCACGGGCCGUCUGCCCCCUCCCCAGCACCGUGGGGCAGCGCCCAGUGGCAGGAGCCUGGGGGGCUGCGGUGCCCCCCGUCACCUGCCCAGCUCCAUGACGGCCUUUCUGUAUGGACCCCCAGCACCCGCACUGCGGUGACCCCCACCCUCGCCCCCACCCACGGUCGGGAGCCGCGGCCGCUGUGGAGCAGGGCCCGACGGGUGGCCCUGGCCCUGCCCCAGCGCCCCUCCUGGGGUCCCAGGCCUGCCCCACUGCUCCCAGUGCCCCUCCCUAGGGUCCCAGGCCUGCCCCAUUGCCCCCAGCACCCCUCCCUGGGGUCCUGGGCCUGCCCCACUGCCCCCAGUGCCCAUCCUGGGAUGUUCUAGUCCUGCCCCACUGUCCCCAGCGCCCCUCCUGAGGGUCCUGUUCCUGCCCUACUGCCCCCAGCGCCCCUUCCUGGGGGUCCCAGUCCUGCCCCACUGCCCCCAGCGCCCAUCCUGGGGUGUCCGAUCUCUGCGCUGCCCACCACCCUGCCCCACAGUGGCGGUGGCACCCCCAGCCCAGCCCUCAAUAAAGCUUCGGCUCCUGGCGCCCA